GGGUUUGCUAUGUGUCCUGUGGCUGCCGGCGUCUUGGAUUUCAAGGUGCUGAAUGAUCCAUACGAGAACCUCAUGCGGCAUCACCUGCAACAUUACGGCUAUUACACAGAUCGCACAGGCAACUAUUGUGGAGCGAUGAAGGUGCAGAGCUGGCAGCAGGACGCGGGCCUGACGUCAAGCGGGAACGUCCCGGAGUCCAACGACAGCAGCAGCACCAACAAUGAAGAGGAGCCCCGCAAACUGGACUAUGCCUUCAUCAACGAGUACAAGUGGUUGAGGACACGACAGCUAGUGUUUGACAGCCCUGCUGGGAGGCAUCUCCCACGUCUGCGGGAGCCACGCAGUCUCUAUGCCGUGGCAGGUGGGAGCCGCCUUCUCCCUCUCCGCUGGCCCACAGAGUGCGAGGUCAUCAGGGAGAAGAUGCACCACAUUGAAUGGACACCACCGGAGCCAGAGAGGCUGUACCAGCCCAGCCAGCAGGAGCACAUGCCCACCUGCUCGGAGGAUGAAGGAAAGGACACAGUGUUUGCCAUCGAUCCAGCCAACCAAGGCUCAUACUUCACGUUUUCUCGUAUUGGAGGUCGCCGGGGCCCUUUGCGUCUUGCCACGAUUGGUUCAAGCAGUAGAGAUGCCAACACUUUGAUCUUUGAGUCAAGGUUUGAAAGUGGAAAUCUACAGAAAGCCACCAGAGUUGACAGCUACGAGUACGAGCUGACUCUGCGCACUGACCUCUACACAGACAGGCACACCCAGUGGUACUACUUCCGGGUCCAGAACAUGCAGCCAGGGGUCAGCUACCGCUUCACCAUCAUCAACCUGAUGAAACGCACCAGCCUGUACAACCUGGGCUUGAAACCCCUGCUGUACUCGGAACGAGAGGCCCAGCUGAGGCAGGUGGGGUGGCAUCGAGUGGGCAAGGACAUCCGCUACUACAAGAACAACCUGAGUCAGGAGGCCAAGAGCCUGUUCUCCCUCACCUGGACCUGCCAGUUCCCACACAGUAAUGACACCUGCUUCUUCGCCCACUCUUACCCCUACACCUACUCGGACCUCCAGCGCUAUCUAAACUCCAUCGCUAGUGACCCCAUCCGCUCCCAUUACUGCAAGCUGCGGGUGCUGUGCCAUAGCCUGGCUGGAAACCUGGUUCACGUGCUGACCAUCACCUCCCCGAGUGGUAGGCAGGACCCCCGCCCGGCCAAGCAGGCGGUGGUGGUCACGGCCAGGGUCCACCCGGGGGAGACCAAUGGGUCAUGGGUGAUGAUGGGCUUCCUAGACCACCUCCUGGGCACCUCCGACGAUGCCCAGCUCCUGCGCGACAUGUUCAUCUUCAAGGUAGUGCCGAUGCUGAACCCGGACGGCGUGAUUGUGGGGAACUACCGCUGCUCGCUGGCUGGCCGUGACCUGAACCGCAACUACAGCACCGUGCUGCGGGAUUGCUUUCCCUCUGUCUGGCACACCAAGAACAUGGUGCAGAGGUUGAUAGAGGAGCGGGAGGUGGUCAUUUACUGCGACUUCCACGGCCACAGCAGGAAGAGCAACGUCUUCAUGUACGGCUGCAGCGGUGGCGGCCAGCUGUCCACACAGCGUCUCAGCGAGAGAGUCUUCCCCCUGAUGAUGAGCAAGAACGCAGCUAACAAGUUCUCUUACCAGAGCUGCAAGUUCAAGGUUCAGAAGAGCAAGGCGGGCACGGGCCGGGUGGUGAUGUGGAAGCUGGGGAUCGCACACAGUUACACCAUGGAAACAACGUUUGCUGGAUCCACUUUGGGCAACCGCAGGGCCACCCACUUCAGCACGGAAGACCUCAAGUCUCUGGGAUAUCACUUCUGUGACACUUUGUUGGAUUUCUGUGAUCCGGAUCAUUCAAAGUUUGAACAGUGCCUGGCAGAGGUGCGUGCAGCUUUACAAAAGGAGGUGCGCCAGCGUCUGGAGAAGCUGGGCCGCGAAUAUCAUCCAGAUAUGGUGCUCAGUGAUCUCACUUUAUCAGACUUGGAGUCAAGCACCAGUGGAUCAAACAGCACUGAGUCAGAUGGACCUCCCGCGCAUUUAAUGAGGCUGGCAGCAAAGUGUCGCCUGAGGAAGAAGCGGCUGAGGAGCAGAAAGGAAAGGAACCGACUGAGGCAGCGUCUCUUCUUCACUGGCUUCUCCCCGCCGGCUCCACCAAAGCACCCGACGGGUGAGUGA